AUGAAAUUCUUAACCAUCUUAUCAGCUUUCUCAUCAGUCGCUUUAGCUCAAUAUUUAAACACAACUUCCUCUGCUGCUUCAAGUAGUGAAGCUGUUGAUGUUACCACAAUCACUAAAGAUACAGUUGUUACUGAAUUCACCACCUAUUGUCCAUACCCAACCACAAUUGUCACCAAUAACAAGACCAUUACUGUUGACCAUGCCACAACUUUAACCAUUACUGAUUGUCCAUGUUCAAUUAAAACAACAAUCACCACUUCAGGUUCAAUUCCUCCAGAAGAAACAACUGCUGCUCCUUCUGAAUCAGGUCAUGAAGAACCAGGUCACACUACAACUAUCUCCAAAGACACUGUUGUCACUGAAUUUACAACUUAUUGUCCAGAAGCUACUACAAUUGUUACAAAUGGUAAAACCUAUACAGCUACUGGAGCAACAACUUUAACUAUUACUGAUUGUCCAUGUACUGUUCCAACUCAUACUGUUGUUACAAAUACCCCAGGUACUCCAGGUACCCCAGCUGCUCCAACUGGAACUACUGCUCCAUCAACUGCCCCAUCUCAAGGCACUACUGAAGGGACAUCUCCAGCUCCAGCUCCUUCACACGGUACUUCCCAAGCUCCAAGUGGAACCACCACUCAAGCUCCAGCUGGUUCUUCAACCACUUUACAAACUUCAGCUACUGUCCCAGGUUCAAGUUCUGGUCCAGCUUCUGUUGAAAUUCAAAGUUCAAAUGGUGCUGGCUCUUUACAAAAAGCUAUUGGUGGUUCAAUCGCUGGUUUGAUUGCUGCUGUUGCUUAUCUAUUCUAAGUGAUUUAGCAACUUCAAUUUUAAUUAAUUAAUUUCGGUUUUUAUCUAUUCAGG